GAAUAAUAAAUCGGCCACCAUAGUAUACUGUUCAGUUUAAUAAUAAUAUUGGCUUGCAUGUAUGAUAAUGAUAACCUAGUUUCCCUAUAUAAUUGGGGAUUUUUUUUUGAAGUUACAUGUUUUGGAUUUUUCUACCUAAUGAAUUUUAAAACGUGCACAUGCCUAUAAAUUAAUUAGGAAUGUAAGACCUUCCAUGCAACAACAAAGACUUAAAGAAAAUCAAGGUGACAGUCACAAUGUUUCUAAACGAAAAAAGAAAUUUAAAUUUAAAUGGUGCGAUCUUUCUCUUUUCUUCUUUCUUUUGUGCGGGCUUUGCCACCAUUCAGGUAAGUCUUGUACCUACCAAGGGAACCAACAACGCAGUGCCUUGUAACCCUCAGAGUUCGAGGCUUGCAGCGAUCAAUGGUGCGGAACCUAGGCUCUCGGCCGAACAGAAAUUCAUGCGAACUCGUCCACCAAGCGCUUAUUGCGUGCGUAUCGAAUCAUGCAGCGAACUAAUGACGAGAUCUCCAAACUUGCAGUAUGAGACCCGUCCAUUCUCUGUGGGAGGAUUCAACUGGACUUUUAUUCUCCAACCGUUUGGAAACACGACUAGCGUAGGGGAUUGGAUCUCUGCAUAUGUUGCAAUAGAUCCUUCUGGGCUAGUUGGCGAGAACCGUGAGGUUUAUGCAGAUCUCAGGUUUUUGGUCUAUAGCAAGAGUAAAGAUCAAUACUGGACAUCCAUGGACACAGAGAUAAGACAUUUCCAUCAAUUCAGGACAACUUGGGGAAGUCCAAAUUUUAUUCAAACAAAACAAUUUAAAGCUAAAGAUAAAGAGUACAUUUUCGACGAUGACCAAUGUGUGUUUGGAGUAGACAUCUCGGUGUAUCCUUAUUUUAACCAAUGGGAGAUCUUGUCGAUCGAUAAGACGGUCUAUGGGCCUAACUCAUGGAAGCUUAUGAAAUUCUCGACAUUGACCAGAGACUUUUAUAUAUCUGAUGACUUCUCUGUUGGAGGAAAAAAUUGGGCACUUAAGGUGUAUCCAAAUGGUAAUGGUACGGGAGAAGGAAACUCGUUGUCUCUUUAUGUAAUUCUAAGUGAAAACCAAAUCUUGAAAACUUACGAAAAGGUUUAUGUCCGAGCCAAGCUGCGAGUUCUCGACCAAAAACAAUCAAAACAUCUCCAAAAACCAAUUCUAUCAUGGUUUGAUACACCAGGAGAAGGUUUUGGCUUCGAACAGUUCGUGUCUUUCACUGAUCUCCAAAAUCCAGCCAAGGGAUUUAUCGUUGAUGAUAGUCUGACCGUACAAGUUCAGUUCGAGGCUACCUCAUCUACCAAUUAUUAUUCUGCCAAUGCUGCUCAACUUAUGAGUAAUUUGUAAAUAUGCACCU